AUGUACAACUCUCUAUGGUUCACUCUUGCCGCUUUCAUGCAACAGGGCACGGACAUUCUUCCCAAGGCUCUUUCUGGCCGUAUUGCGUCAUCUGCAUGGUGGUUUUUCACGCUCAUCAUAGUUUCUUCAUAUACCGCCAAUCUUGCUGCAUUCCUCACCUUAGAGAAGAUGACUCCUCCAAUAGAAUCAGUGGAAGAUCUUGCCAACCAAAAUAAAAUCCUUUAUGGUGUUGUCAAAGGUGGUUCGACAGCAGCAUUUUUCGAGGUAACAGGAUCCUUCCUGUUCUGCAACGACACCUUUUAG